AUGCAGCUCUCCCUCCUCGCCUGCAGCGUCCUCGGCAUUACAGCGCUGAACCAGCGCUUCAAACACCUGCCGAAGACGGUCUACGGCAACGGCACGAAGGAGGCGGUCUUCGUGACGCCCUACCUGCCCGAGCGCUACACGGAGGCCCAGGCGCUCACGGCCUCCAAGGUCGGCGACUUCCCCAUCCAUGCGGGGUUCCUCACCCUCGACAGCAAGGCGUUCUCGAACACCUACUUCGUCUACUCGCCCGCGCGCAACGGCCAGGCGGACGCGCCGAUCCUGCUCUGGCUCCAGGGCGGGCCCGGCGCGUCGUCGCUCUUCGGCCUCUUCACGGAGAUCGGGCCCUUCGACAUCGACGCGAAGAUGGAGGUCAUCGGCCGCGACAUCCACUGGAACGAGGACCACCACCUCCUCGUGCUCGACAACCCGCUCGGCACGGGCUUCUCGUUCACGAACGACCUGGCCGCCAUGGCGACGGACGAGGACAUGGUCGGCGCGGCGCUCCUCGAGGCCCUGACGCAGUUCUUCGCCCUCUUCCCGGACCUGCGGACCAACGACUUCUACGUCACCGGCGAGUCCUACGCGGGGAAGUACGUGCCGGCGUGCGCCUACGCGAUCCACGGGGCGAAUCUGGAGAACGCCGCGGCGCCGAUCAACCUGAAGGGCAUCGCCAUCGGCGACGGCGCCUUCGACCCGUCGGGCCAGUUCUACAACUUCGGCGAGCUGCUCUACUACAGCGGCAUGGUCACGCUCGCGGAGAAGCAGGUCUUCGACGCCUACGAGGCCAAGUGGCGGGAGCACAUGGACGCGCACGAGCUCGUCGACGCGUUCCACGUCUUCGACGAGAUGCUCAACGGCGACAUCUAUCCGUACGCGACGUACUACGCGAACGUCACGGGCAUGGGCAGCAACUACUUCAACCUGAACCAGGGCCCCGACGGGUCGUCGCUCACGACGAACUACUUCAUCGACUGGCUGAACACGACGGUGGGCCGCGACGCCAUGAACGUCGGCGACGUGCCCUACGCCGUGCUGAACCAGACGGUCGAGAACCAGCUCCUCGGCGAUUGGAUGCGCGGCGUCGUCAACAAGCUCCAGGUGCUCCUCGAGAACUACAAGGUGCUGAUCUACUCCGGCGCCUACGACAUCAUUUUGGGCGCGCCGCUCACGGAGCAGGCGCUCCGGGGCAUCAAGUGGUCGGGACAGCAGGCGUUUUUGGACGCGACGAAGAAGACGUGGCACGUCGCGACGAAGGCGGGCCCGGAUUUGGCCGGCUACGCGCGCGUCGUCGGCAAUUUUACGCAGGUCGUCGUCCGCGGCGCGGGACACAUGGUUCCUGGCGACCAGCCGGCUCGCGCGCUGGACAUGAUCACGAAAUUCGUCAAGGGCCAGCCCCUCGGGAUCUAG